GCCGAGGGCUCGGCCAUGGACGUGAAGCGGCUGAAGGUGAACGAACUGCGGGAAGAGUUGCAGCGGCGCGGGCUCGACACGCGGGGUCUCAAGGCGGAGCUGGCCGAGCGACUGCAGGCGGCGCUGAACGAGGCCGCUGCUGCUGCUGCCGCCGCGCCGGAACCAGAGCCAGAGCCGGAACCGGAGCCCGAAGUAGAGCCAGAGCCGGAGGCUCAGCCCGAGCCGCCUGCCCCUGCCCCCGAGCCGCCGCCACUGGAGCCCCCGUCGGAGCCGCCGAAGGACGACCAGGAGGCCCCCCGGGCCUCGCCGCCACCUCCCUUUCCGAAGACCGCGAGCCCCGACGGAUUCUGCGAGCCCCAGGCAGCUGCAGAGGGAGGGCCCGGCCCGGAGUUGGAGCCCGCAGGCCAGAAAGAUGUCACUGGCAACACUGCAGAACAGAACCAAUAUUAUGAGACCACAAAUGUUCAUCAAGAGAAGAAAACUGGUUAUGAGAGUAAACCUCCAGAGCUGGAGCUGGAACAGCAGCUGACUUCCUACCCAGUUGAAGGAAAACCUGGGAUCAAGAAGGAAGACUCCUUUGCCAGUUUCCCUACAUCUAAUCCCUCACAGCCUCAUCUGUCAAAUAGACAUCACUACCAGGGUCGGAAGAGGCCUUUUGAAGACAGCCGGGGCCGCGGUUACUAUGAACACCGAGAGGAAAAAAGGGGUCGAUCGCCUCAGCCCCCUGCCGAAGAAGAUGAGGAAGAAUUUGAUGACACCCUUGUGGCCAUCGACACGUAUAAUUGCGAUCUUCACUUCAAAGUGGCCCGGGACCGAAGUAGUGGCUACCCACUCACCAUUGAGGGAUUUGCAUAUCUGUGGUCUGGUGCCCGAGCCAGUUAUGGGGUCAGGAGGGGCCGUGUGUGCUUUGAGAUGAAGAUCAAUGAAGAAAUCUCUGUGAAGCACCUCCCUUCCACAGAGCCUGAUCCCCAUGUUGUCCGUAUUGGCUGGUCUUUGGAUUCUUGCAGCACACAGUUAGGUGAGGAGGCAUUUUCUUAUGGUUACGGGGGCACUGGAAAAAAAUCCACUAACAGCCGAUUUGAAAACUACGGGGACACAUUUGCUGAGAAUGAUGUAAUUGGCUGUUUUGCAGACUUUGAAUGUGGGCAUGAAAUAGAACUUUCUUUCACCAAGAAUGGGAAGUGGCUGGGCAUAGCCUACCGCAUCCAGAAAGAUGCCCUGGGAGGACAGGCACUUUACCCACAUGUUCUUGUGAAGAACUGCGCAGUAGAGUUCAACUUUGGCCAGAGGAGAGAGCCCUACUGCUCUGUCAUCCCAGGGUUCACUUUCAUCCAACAUGUGCCUGUGGGGGAGCGGAUUCGGGGUACUAUCGGACCAAAGAGCAAAGCGGAUUGUGAGAUCCUAAUGAUGGUUGGCUUACCAGCAGCUGGCAAGACGACAUGGGCUGUCAAACAUGCAGCUGCCAACCCUACCAAGAAGUACAACAUCCUGGGCACCAAUGCCAUCAUGGAUAAAAUGCGGGUGAUGGGCCUCCGCCGACAGCGCAAUUAUGCUGGCCGAUGGGAUGUCCUCAUCCAGCAGGCCACUCAGUGCCUGAACCGCCUCAUUCAGAUUGCCGCCCGCAAGAAACGCAACUACAUCCUGGAUCAGACAAAUGUUUAUGGAUCAGCCCAGAGACGAAAAAUGCGUCCUUUUGAAGGUUUCCAACGCAAGGCUAUUGUCAUUUGUCCUACGGAUGAGGACCUAAAAGAUCGGACAAUAAGACGCACAGAUGAAGAGGGGAAGGAUGUGCCAGAUCAUGCUGUGUUAGAAAUGAAAGCCAACUUCACACUGCCCAGUGUCGGGGACUUUCUCGAUGAAGUCCUUUUCAUCGAACUCCAACGGGAGGAGGCCGACAAGCUGGUGAAACAGUACAAUGAGGAGGGCAGGAAGGCUGGGCCUCCUCCAGAGAAACGCUUUGAUAAUCGUGGGGUCAGCAACUCAGGAGGCUUCCGGGGCCGAGGAGGCACUGGGGGCUUCCAGCGGUACGACAGCCGAGGACCGCCUGGGGGCAAUCGAGGGGGCUUCCAGAACCGAGGGGGCAGCAGUGGUGGUGGCAGCGGCAACAGUGGUGGUGGUGGUGGUGGCGGUGGCGGCGGCGGCGGCAGCUACCGAGGAGGUUUCAACCGAGGUGGGGGUGGAAGCAAUAACAGCGGCGGGGGCUAUCCUCAGAGCCGCUGGGGCAGCAAUAACCGGGACAACAACUCCAAUAACCGAGGCGGCUACACGCGGGCCCCUCAGCCACAGAGCUACCCCCCUGCCAGGAGCCAGCCUCCCCCCAGCAGUGGUGUCGGCGGCGGCAGUAGCAGCACCUACAAAAGCAGCAACAUCCCCACCUCGGGGGCCAGCAGCAUAGGCAGCACCCCUCCUGUCAGCAGCUACAGCCCCCCCCAGCCGACCUAUACCCCCACCUACAAUCAGGGAGGGUACACCCAGCCAGCUUACACCGCCCCUCCUCCCCCGCCACCCCCACCCCCUCCCACCUACAACUACGGGAGCUACACCGCCUACACCCCCACCUACACCACUCCUCCCCCGCCCCCCACCGGACAGACCUACAAUCAACAGAACUACAACCAGUAUCAGCAGUACGCCCAGCAAUGGAACCAAUACUACCAGGGCCAGUGGCCGCCCUACUACGGCAACUAUGACUACGGGAGCUAUUCGGGGAACACACAGGGGGGCUCGAGUACGCAGUAGCUGGGGCUGCCCCGGGCAGAGACCACGCCCUCCAGCCUGGGCUGGCGAAGGGCGGCUGCCGCUUUCCCUACUCUGCGUCCGUCCGUCUGUCCGUCCGUCCUCAGUUUCUGCCUUUCCUGCCCAUCCUCCCGUUGAGAAGGCGCGUGGUGCCUCUGUGCUCUCCCAUUCUUUUUCCAACGUUCCAAAAUGCAGCAAAAAAGAGAAAGAAACCCCUUGGCUUUUUUUUUCUUUUCUUUUCUUUUUAACUUACAAGCACCUACCCUGUGCUGGCCUGCUCCUUCCCCACUCCGAGGACUCUGAGGCCUCAGGCUCCUCCAGUGGAAAAUGUUCAGUAGCUAAAGGGGUCGAGGAGACCCUGGUGGCCAGAAUUGCCGCCCUCCAUUUCUCCUCCUCCCCCCUCAGCUUUCCAGGCCUUCUUGAAACCAAUCCCUUCUGAAGAUGUUUUAUUGUCUAAUACUUUACAGAAAAACAAAAACAAAAAAAAAAGGAGGGAGGAGGAGGCAAGCCAGAUGUUUUAUGGUAAUUAUGCUCUGUUUUUUAAUUUUUAGAAUUUAUGUCAGUUUUUACUGUGGGACGGCUGUUAAUAUUUCAUCAAGGUAACAAUUUCUUUGCUGAGUUCAGGUGACUGAGGAAGAGCACGCAUCCACUGGGGAAAUGAAACCACAAAAUCAUCUUUAACCUAACUUUUUAUACAAUGUCUAAGUUCCCGUAACUUUGCACACACGCUUCUGUGUUGAGUUGAAUUGUAACUGCUUUUUGUAUUUGGAGAGAGUGACUAUUGAACUUUAAAACUUUUA